AUGACUAUUACCGACUAUAAACUGAUUGCACAACAAAACUUUACGACAGUUUUAGCGAACUUAAGCACCGGUAGUUUUAUGUUUGACAACUAUUCAUGGUUGUCAUCGUCAACGCCGGCAACACAUGAAUUGUCUAUAAUUACUAGUGAAAGGACAGAUGUUUUUCACGAAAUAGCCAACACUGUGCUGACCAUUGGUGCCGAUAUCGGAGCAGAUAGUAGUGGACAGUUAUCAGUGGUGGACAAAGUCCUAAAUAAUUUUAGUAAUAAUAAUAAUAAUAUUAGCGAUAAUUUUAUAGAUGUAAAUAAAGAGAUUUAUAAAAAUAGUAUAUUGUUUAUCGUAUCGACGAGUAUCGUACUAACAAUACUGACCAUCUGUACGGUAAUCGGUAAUAUACUGGUCAUUGCUGCUGUCCUAUUGGAACGCAAUUUGCGGACUCCGGCCAACUAUUUAGUGUUAUCACUAGCAGUGGCCGAUUUUUUGGUGGCCUGUUUGGUGAUGCCGUUGGGCGCCUUCUACGAGAUACAGGGCCAGUGGACACUCGGCGACAUAUUAUGUGAAUUUUGGACCAGUGUUGAUGUGCUUUGUUGCUCAGCCAGUAUUCUCCAUUUGUUGGCCAUUGCUAUGGAUAGGUAUUGGGCGGUAACUAACGUUGAUUACAUGCAUCACCGAAACGCCAAACGUAUUUGUUUAAUGAUAUUAACGAUAUGGUUAGUGGCGGCCGUCAUAGCCAUGGCUCCCAACUUUGGUUGGAAAGACUCGGAUUACAAAAAUCGCAUUCAAAUGGAGAAGCGAUGUCUGGUCUCGCAAGACGUCGGCUAUCAAUUAUUUGCAACUGUGGCCACAUUUUACGCACCACUUAUACUAAUACUACUGCUUUAUUGGAAAAUAUACAAAGUGGCCCGACGUCGUAUCCGACGUAAACCCGGCAGUAAAAUAGAGAUCAAAACCAGUCAAUUGGAUCAAGUGAUGGAUACCAAUUCAUCGCCAAAUAAGCCGCUGUCGCCAACCGUCAUACAAACCAUAUCACCAAAUGUUGACCGAAAUUGUCACGAAAUGAAUCACAUGAACACCAAAUUAACAGUAAAGUCAAAACCAACGAUAGGUCCGCCAUCCAUGUCUAUCACCGAUCGCUCGACAUCUACCACCUGUGCAUCAAACACGACAACAAUGACAAACCAUUCGCCACCGCUUAUCAUUAAACCAUUACUUUUGAGAUCAAAGAGUACUUUAAAACAAACACUUAAUUCAAAACGCGAGAAAAAAGCAGCCAAAACACUGGCUAUUGUUACAGGUGUGUUUGUCAUAUGUUGGGCCCCGUUCUUCAUUCUGGCUCUGGCUCUGCCUCUCUGUCCCACUUGUAAUCCUCCACUGCUUCUGAUGAGUGUCUUCUUAUGGCUCGGUUAUGUCAACUCAUUACUCAAUUGUAUAAUAUAUACAAUUUUUAGCCCUGACUUCCGGACUGCCUUCAAGAAGCUAUUAUGCGGUCGACAACAUCGAUAUCGCCAUUCAUUUAGAUAA